UGCAUAACUGCAGGCAUACAAGACUUGGGGGGAGGGGAGGGGUGCAUUCUAAUUUAAAGACUGAAGAUCUCUGAAUUAUGCUCAAUACCGACGCAAGGAAAACACGUGCCUCGGGAAGUAAAACAAUCGAAUGAUGCCCGUGUGUCUUUCGCGUACGUAAUAAAAUGGCAUCCGUGCCUCUGCGGGGCACACGCAAGACGUACAGCUUCGAGGAACGGAAGAUCCUGAUAUCGCUGAUAAACAAGCACGUGAUCGUCGAAGACAGGAAGUCCGAUCCGAUCUCCAUAUGUAAGCGGAAAUCGGCUUGGUCGCGAAUCGCCGGCGAGUACAACUCGAUGGUCGGGCCACACGGUGCGCGCUCCGCGAUGCAGCUGCGACGCUGCUGGGAGAACAUGAAGGCGUGCAAGCGCCUUCGCGAUGAGAAGAGGUCUCGCUGCGGUACGAAAGCGGUUUCCCAAUCGAUCAAAGACGAGGAACGAGAGAGGAAUCAGUGUUGGGAGGAUAUAACUUGCGGUCAGAACACGUCGGAAGCGCCAACGUCCACUGGAACUGUCGGGCUACCGCCAAAUGUGGUUUUCGAACCGAAAGAUUCCGAGCCGUUCACGUUACAGAGCGUUUGCACCGCCGCCAGGCCACAAAAUCUAAGCUGCGCCAGAAGAGACGUGGACAGUCACAGAGAUUUGAGUUUUAGUGCGUUUGGCCAAAUGAUUGCCAGUGGCGACAAGUGCGACGUCGUUGCACCGCUCCACAGUUCGAUGGAUUACUGUUGCGAUGGAGCUAUGAAAGUGAACGUCGAUUCGCCGGUGAUCGAUCAACCGGCAGCGGACGAGGGGCUCGAGAGAAGUCGCGCGAAUCCGGGACCAAGUGUCCCGUACACGUUGGUCUCUCCCUCCGUCGUGCAGGAGCACAAUCGCAAGAGGAAAUCCGCGCAGCAGGAGGAGCAAUUGCACGUGCUCGCGCUCUCGGAGGCGCAGAUGAAGGUCGACAUCGCCGCCAUGCUGAAGGAGGAGGCGAGGAUCAAGCUGGAGGAGGCUCAUUAUCGCAAGGAGGAAGCCAGGCUCAGGAUGCUGCUGUUCACCUACAAGUUGGACAGAAUUAAGAAGGAUUGAAGAGGAAGAUCGAGCAAUUCCGUCGAACGCGGCGGUUCCCCAUGUGCACGGCGUGUUCUCGUAAAUCCGUGUUACUUUCUUCUCUCUAUUUUUUUCGCCGUCAAAGAUCCUCGGCGUUCCGCAUCAGUGCUCGAGAACGAGAUGUGGGGAAAUAAACGCAGUUGCCUCUAUCCAUAAUAUCGAUUUAUUUCUUACAUAAAUGCAAUUAGAAUAUAAUCGUAAUAAAUAUAAAUCUGAUUA